CCCAAAAGAAAGAACGAAACUACAAAGCUCAAACAACUCAAUCAAUUUGAAGCAAAAAGGUAACAAAUUUAUCUCUCUCUAAAAUGCCCUUUUUUUCUCUAAUCUUUUUGUCAAAAAAAUCUAAACCUUUCUUUAUUUUAUUGUUCUUGGAACUGAAAUUUCAAAACUUUAGUACCAUUAUUGGGAUUAGCAUAUAGUUUAUACUUGUACUUUAUGAGGGAUUCAGUGUGAGAAAAGGGCAGUGUUUGAUUGUAAAGGAAAUCUAGAUUUUUAUUCAUGUUGGAAUGGUUGGAUGUGUAAAGUUUAGGUUUUUUGGAGGUUAAUUUUGAUCCGGGGUUAUUCAAAUUUGUUAGAUUUGUAAAGGGUUUUUGCUUUAGCUGAUAAAGUUUGAUCUUUGAGGAGAAUCCACACUUGUCUGACCUUUGGUGGAUUUUUUCGGUUGUGGAAAAGCUUCAUUUGGUAUUGCAUUGUUGAGCACCUUGCGGUUUUAAAGAGAGGAAGUGGAGGGCUUUGUUAUAGAUGGGGAGACCAUUGUUUUAUGAGAUUGUGGAAAAGCCUGCUACAAGCUGUAUAAUAGGAAUAUGUAGUGCUAUAUGGUUUUAUAUACAGAAGAGAAAUUUUGGGUACUCUCAUGUGGGAUUAAGUUAUGAAAAUGCCAUCGAAGGGCACCAUUGGAGGAUAAUAACUUCAGCUUUUUCACAUAUUAGUGUUAUUCAUCUUGUUUUCAAUAUGAGUGCGCUUUGGAGUCUAGGGGUUGUGGAACAGUUGGGGCACAUUGGCCUUGGUGUGGCUUAUUAUCUUCACCAUACACUUGUGUUGGUUGUUUUAUCUGGGGCACUAGUACUGGGGAUGUACCAUUUAUUGAUACAAAGAUUUAAGAUAGAGUAUUUUCGGAGUGUGACGGCUGUUGGGUAUUCAUGUGUUGUAUUUGGGUGGAUGACAAUUCUUUCUGUGAAGCAACCAUCCUCAAAGUUGGAUCUUUUUGGAUUUCUUUCGCUUCCUAUCAGUUUUGCUCCUUUCGAGUCAUUGAUUUUUACAUCAAUUAUUGUUCCACAAGCGAGUUUUCUUGGCCAUUUAUCAGGAAUUGUUGUUGGAUAUGCUAUUGCAUGGGGUUUGAUACAUGGGAUGAACAAUUACUGGGCAAUAUCAAUGCUUGGAUGGAUUGUGCUUGUUUUUGUGGUCAGUUUGAAGCGGUCGGGUGCCUAUGAUUUUGAUUUUCUUGAGAUUGAAUCUGUUACGGAUCCUUCACUGCCUUCUGUGCGGUUUCUUGGAAGUGGUAGAACCUUGCAGGAGAGUUCACUGCCAGUUGAAGGUGUUGAAAUUGUUUAACCUCCGCCUAAGAUCUCAUUCCUAUUUGUUAACAAUGGGCUUUUACUCACUGAAUAGUCAUCCCCAAUACUAUUUAAUUAUCUUCUGUUAUGCUGGACCCUUACAUUGUGAUUUUCCUCAUCUUCCUGACCAUCAAAAGCUCAAGUUGGCACUCCCAUCUGCUGUAGAGUUACUGACUUACAGGUGCAUCUUUCUCAUUCAAUCAUUUGUUAGAAUGGUGGAUGCAUGUUGUUGUAGACCAAUAUAGACAUUAUCAACCAUUGUUGUGCACCCCUGUUCUUUGUUUGUUGUACCGCAGCUUUUCCUCCUUUUGAAAUUCUUUGGUCUUCUGAUCUCAUGAUUUUAUUUUUGGAGUAGGCUCGAUAUCAUUCAAGAAAUGAUGAAAAGGAACUUGUUCACAUAUCCAUAGUAAUGCAGUGAAGAUAUUACUGUUCUGUAUAA